GCGAUUUUUUUUUGAUUUUUUUUUUUUUGUUCUUUUUAUUUGUCGCAAUGUUCGCCCGAUCAUCGAAAGUCCGUUAUUGACCCUUUUAUUUGUCCCCUCGGAAUAAACCACCGAGUAAAAGUGUCGGCGCGAUUCUUUUCUUUUUUAUUUUUUUAUUUUUUCGUUGAUGUUUUUGGUUUUGUUUCUUAUUCUUGGCUCCCUAUCUUUCGCUUUCUUUUUUUUAUCCAAUCCUCCGCAACCUCUUUCACUAUCUAAUGGUUGACUUCGGUGUAACGCGUUACGAACAACUCCAAGUAUAAAGUCGUCAGAGAAUAUACACAACGACCGAAUUGGCUUUCGUUGAGUAUCGAUCAAUCUGGAAUUUUAGUGUUUCGCGAAAUAAAAAAAAAAAUAAAAAUGACAAUGUCGAAUAAGACUGAUUUGUGAUGUUUAUAGUGAAACUUGAUGAUGACUUUCGAAGUAAAACGAAGAAAGUUAAAUGUUAAAUAAAAUCGAACUGGAAUUAUUGACGAUUGUGAAUGAAAAUCUUUUUUCUGUGCUAUCGAAAACUUCUAAACCUAACACAGACGUUGAAACUAUGGAAUAAAAUUUCUGAACAAACUGAUCGAAUCCGACAUCAUUCGAUAAGAAGAUAAGAAACGAUUGUUAAAAAAAAUAAAUUACGCAUUCAACAAACGUAAUGGUUACAACAACACUGUAGUAGCAAGCAUUAAUUUUGCCGUGUAAGAUUAAAAAAGAAGUGCGGUGAUCGGGUAGUAUCGACGAAUAAAAUCAAUACAGCUUGGAAAUAUAAAUGUUGAAAACAGUGAAGCGGACGUUGAAUGGCUGGAAAAAAAAAAUUUUCCGAAAAAAUAUAUUACGUCACAACCGUGUGAAAAUAAGGAAAGUUGUUAUUAUAAUAACCCAGUUACCGAUAAUCCCUUCGGUUUCGCUGAAAAAUUACCGAAUCACGUAAAGCCGCCCCUCCUCGAGUCUGAAGUGUUAAAAAUUAAUUCAGCGCUGUAAAUUCCGGAUCUCGGAUUAAAUAUAUAAGAAUACAAUCAAGCUUAAAGAAUAUGCACAAAAUCAGGCGAUAAUCUUCUCAGCCGUAAUAUAAAAUUAAGUGAAUAUAAGAAGAAAAAAUUAAUGCAGUCGAGGACGAAUGCGGAUUAGGAACUUUUGUAAAACAUGGAGGGCAGCGAGUGGGAUCAUGGCACCCUCAGGGAAGAGGAAUUCGAACAGCAUGCAGUCUAUUUGGUGCCCGACGUCACUCCCAGCCCCAAUGACGCCAACCACGCCGAAGCCUCUCUGCCAAGGAACCUGGUCCUCAAGCCUUCCCAAGCCCUGAACGAUGUCCUUGGAGUUUGGAGUACAAGUUACAUCCCGAAGGGAACUAGGUUCGGCCCUUUAGUGGGACAAGUAUACACGAAGGACUCGGUGCCGGCAGACGCUAACCGGAAGUACUUCUGGAGGGUAUACAAGAACAACGAAUUGUUCUACUACAUCGACGGAUAUGACGUACAGAAAUCAAAUUGGAUGCGGUACGUCAAUCCUGCUUACUCCUCAGAGUCCCAGAACCUCAUCGCUUGUCAAUACAAGACGAAUAUUUAUUUCUACACCAUCAAGCCAAUCCUACCGAACCAAGAACUCCUUGUGUGGUAUUGCAGGGAAUUCGCGGAAAGGCUCAACUACCCUUUAACCGGAGAGCUGAUGCUGCAAAGAAUAAGACAACAGGUUCAACAGUCGGCAAUAACGACUGAAAUACCAACGUCCGUUGAAACGACCCCAAUGAAGGAGGGUGUGAUAUACGAGAGGCGUUCUCAGAUGACGCCAACUGACGGCUCCGUGAGGUCGGAUGAGGGUUACCACUCGAAUGGCUACCACGACGAGAUACUGACACCGCCCGAGGAGAGUAGUGAGUCGGAUUCGGAGAACAACUACGUGUUAGACUUCAGUAAGAACGCGAAGGGUCCGAGCAGCGAGAUACUGAAACAGGAUAGCAGCGUGGCGAAAAACGAGUAUCGUAAGGUGAAGAUAAAAAUCAGCAAGACGUAUAACAACAAUAACAACAACAACGGCUUCAACAAGAGCAUGGAAAACAUACAAGAGAGGGACGAGAUGUUGAGCGGUGCGACAUCGCCGGACGUUCAUCAGCUCCAAAAGUCAAUCUCCCCGACGCUGGUCAUCCAGAAGAACACGGUCUUGUCAUCGUCGAACGAGGAGCCGGUCGAGAAGAUGCCGAAGCAGUUCUACGAGCCGGAAGUGAAGUCCUCGGGUCUUCCGGUGCCCGGAAACCGACCCCAGUACCUGACGAGCUCCAGCAGCAUACUGGAGAACAUCCUCCUGCGAAGCAACACCGACAGUAACAAUAACACCAGCGGGAACGGAGCAAACGGCGGCGAAAACUGCACCCCGAAUUCCGUGACCCCGCCACCGUCGAGCCCGACGGAAAUGGCCUAUUCCUACAAGAAGUCUCACAGGUACGGUAACAUCAUGCCAUGCAGUCCGGACUCGAGUUCGAACCUCCCGAUGCAGACCGAGCUACCCGGAAACGGGGUCAACUCGACGACCGGUCUGCUCCAGAGCAACGCUGCGCUGCAUUCCAGCACCGGAAGCCUGCACUCCAGCAGCUCAGGCAGCGUUGUUCUCCACUCCGGGAAGCCCCAGCGGAAGUCGAAGAGCCCAUCGCCCGCCGCCACUAUUCUCUACUCCACGUCAUCCAUCACCCAGAUUCCCAGCGAGUCCAGCUCCGUCUACCUUAACACCAGUCCCAGCCUUGCCCCCAUGUCGCCGGUACAGUCCCCCUAUCCCUACGGCCUCUAUCAUCAGGGUAAUCACCUCCAUCACAACGUCGCCCCGCUUUCGAUAAACACCGCCUACUCGCCGACCCCGACCAGCAUGUACGGGGACCGGAACGAGCGCAGAAUCGAGUCUCACCACCAGCUUCCCACCUCGUCGACGAUGCAGAUGGACGGGAACCAGGCCCUGAUAACCGGCACGCACAACCUUCAUCUGGGCCAUCAUCCCGGACUUACCAUAUCGAAUUCGAUGAACAGGUACUCCCCGGCCAGCUCGCUAUCCCCCGAUGAUCACGGAUGCUCGCAGAGCGGGGCGCUCAGUCCCAACUCCCAGGGGUCCAGGGGUUAUCGGUCCCUACCCUACCCCCUCAAGAAGAAGGACGGGAAGAUGCACUACGAGUGCAAUGUAUGCUGCAAGACAUUCGGUCAGCUAUCGAACCUAAAGGUUCAUCUCAGGACCCACUCAGGGGAGAGACCAUUCAAGUGCAACGUUUGCACGAAGAGCUUCACUCAGCUCGCUCAUCUGCAGAAGCAUCAUCUGGUUCAUACCGGCGAGAAACCGCACCAGUGUGAAAUCUGCAAAAAGAGGUUCAGCUCUACGUCGAACCUCAAAACCCACCUGCGCCUCCAUUCGGGGCAAAAACCCUACGCCUGCGAUCUCUGUCCCGCCAAAUUCACCCAGUUCGUUCAUCUCAAGCUUCACAAGAGGCUUCAUACCAACGAACGUCCCUAUACUUGCCAGGGUUGUGACAAAAAGUACAUCAGCGCUAGCGGCCUAAGGACACACUGGAAAACUACCAGCUGUCGGCCAAACAACAUCGAGGAUGAACUCGCUCUUGCCGCUGCCGUUGGAUCACCAAACUAUUAUGAAUAUGGGCCCGAUAUGAGCGUGGGAAACAUGUCGUCAAAAGAGUGUGAGCUCGAACACAUCGAGAAUUACGAAAGACGCAGCAACAGCGUUGGGAACAACGUAGUUGGUUCAGGAAAUGCGGUAGGUGUCGGAAACGGUCACGGACACGGACCGCAUUCGACGUCGUUGCACAAUUUGGAAAACUCGGUGGGCAGGCCGAGCGUGAUAGAGUCAUCCCAACCGCACAUCAUCGAAUGCACUUAAAAGAAGAGAAAUAGGCAGAGAAGCUAAAGACCGUUGAGAAAAGAGUAUUAAAUUAAGCUAGUUUCAGAGCGUAUAUAUUGUAAUAAUAAGCGCGCAAAAUCCACCCACGGACUCGGUGAAUCAUAUAAGGUGUAUGUGAUAUUCGGAUCGAAACGGGUUUCGCGAUAAUUUGUGACACGGUGAUUAUCGGCCCUGGAAUCAGGGUGAAAGCGGGCUGAAAACCCAAAUUCGAAAACGAUGAAGCAAAAAAGCUGAAACAAAUUUGGGCCCCUCGGGGCGCUUUUUCAAAUUCCAGAAACUUCCGACUGAGUUCUUCCCCUUCUUUCAUCGACUCAUUACAGAUUCUGGAAUAAUUGAUAUCGAUUUUUGAAUGGUAUGAUCGAAAACGCGCCCCAUUAAUCCGGCUUUGUAAAAGGUGCUAAUUACGUUAAUCUGCAAUGUGAGAACCAAGAGAUGAGAAAAUUUCGAGGGAGUGGGAAAAUCGCGAUCGAAGAAUCGCUCUAAAACAGGGUACCGUGUUGUUUAUGGUUACGCAUGCCUUGAUUGUGACCCCCGCACACAAGCCAAAAAUUGUGCGAUUUUAAGAACGCAGCGCCACGCGUUCCGAAGAACAGAUUCCACUCUUUUUCUACUAUUAUUUUUCCACUUUUAUUUAUAUCUUACAUCGUAACUGUUGAAAUGUCUGAAGGGUUACUUGAGGGUUCGGUUUUGUGGAUCGGAAAGUACUUCUAUUUAUUUAUAUUACAUAUUGUAAGAUAUUAGACAUAAUGUUGUUUCAGAACUUUGGCGCGUGGCGCUCUCUUAGUCGGUCACUGUUAUAAUGCAUUGUGCAAGGUGCAGUGCUAUGCAAUAUUAUAUAGGCGAAUUGCGUGCGACGUGGUAAAGCAUACAGAAGUAUAAAGAGGAGAAGGAGGAGGAGGAGAAGAAGAAAAAGAUUAAAAAACCGAGGAGAUAUGAAAGAAACGAACAAACAAAUAAACAAAAUGGCGGAUUUUGUCGGCACCCGCCACAACUUAAAAACCAGUGACGACACGACUGCAACUAUACGAGACCUGUACCUGUAUAUACUAACAUUAUUGAUUAAUUAUUCGGUAUUAGAAAAGUAAUUUAAAGGUAAAAGAAGUGAAAACAAUUUAGAAAGAAAGAAAAUAAGUAGAAGAAGCAGAAGAGGGAGAAAGAGUAAUUGAUAUGUAGAAAAGUGAAGCAGAACAAAAAAAGAGAAAAGUAAUUAAAGAGAUACACACUUAAUUUAAAACACUCUACAAUUCAUUCAGAUAUUAUAUAUAUAUAUAAAAUAUAUAUAUAUACGGUAAGAAACUGUGAGUGAGUGCAGGGUGAUAGGCUAAAUCCACGGUAACUUGAUGUUUAAUAUUCCUCUGAUUCGUUAAUCUGCAAAGAGGUAUUUUAUGCAUACUCACAGAUCCCCGGUUAAUUUAAUUUAUUCCCAAUGCGAAGGAAAUCCUCUUGUUUCCUGUAGUUUUUACCUUAAUUCGAGUUACUUUGGAUCCAGUGUUAUCACAUACAAAAUACAAGAAUGAAAAAAUAAUAACGAAACACAAGAUAUUUAUGUUAAUCAUAGGCUAGUAAUUUAUUAAUCGACCAAUUAUUUGUCUCCUAUAAACAUAUACACAGAAACUGGCGCGCGCGCGCCCGCAUAUUACUUAUAUUAUUUACAAAUCAUUAGUCGCGAUUCAAUUCAUAAACUACUGUUCUAUGGUUUCAAUUACAUACAGUUUCUAUAUAGUAAUAUUAAAAAAAAAAGAAAAGAAAUUAAAAAAGUACAGAUCAAGCGAAUACGUAAAAACGAUACGAUGCAGAUCGCUCCAGCUGCUAAUUAUUACUAUAUGAAUUAUUGUAUACCGUACGUAUAUAAUACACAUAGAGUUACACACCUGUUACAUACACGCAAACGCGCGCGCAAACACAAACACACACGCAUUAUCGAAAUAAAUUUCAAUCGAAAAAAAAUCUUUCAAAAUACUCGCAUAGUAAAAAAAUACCAACGAUAAAACGAAGCUCAAAAAAACUUAAAAAAAAAAUGUAAAUUUAAACACAUAAAUGAUAUUUACUCGUGGCUAUAAAGUCCUCUGCAACAUUUGAAGCAAGGAAGGAGAAAAAAAAAACUGUUUAGAGAUAGCCCGAGGGCCUAACUAUUGAUACUUGCAAAUAACGAAAAAAAUUUAUCUACGACCUUCCUUCAUGCAAACGCAUAGCCAGAGCUUUCUGCAUUUCCACACCAAACGCGAGUUAUCGCAUGCAACGUAGAAAUCAUUCCAGGCGGUUAAUCGCAAGCGCUUGUAUUUACGAUAGAUUGUGAAACAACAAUAGUGGUAAUAAUGAUAAUGAUAACAACCACAAGGUAUAAAAACCAGAAAAACAAAAGUAUGAAUUUACACAGAGCGAUGAUGAGUCAAGGAACAAUAUUAAUCUAAGCAUUCUAAUAAUAAUUAAUGUACAUACCAUAGGGCAAUUAACACAGAACAACAUAAUUGAACGCUGUUGAAAUACUUGCACAAAUAGGAAAUCGAAACACCGCAUGAAUAUCCAGACGAUGUAUAUAAACUAUAAUUAAAUUUCGUUAGCAUUAUUGUUUUGAGCUUUUCGUCAUUGGAUAAAGAAAUUAUUCACAUUUAUUAUCCCACAUUGAUGAUACAUUCGUUUCUUGUAAUCAUCACCGUCAUCACAGUAUCACGCGAUCAUCUUUGUAUGACAAAAAGUUAUCUGCGAUUAAUGAUGGGUUACCUGUUUUCUGAGAAAAAAAAUAAAUAAAAUGCAACCAGACAUAAGGAGAGAGCGUGAGAGUGAGAAAGAGGGAGAGAAAAAUUUUAUUCCAUAACAUAUUAAUCGCGUUGCCGGGAUCUUCUACUUUGUGUGCGUAACGAGCGUCGCCCACUAUACAUAAUAUACAUAUUAUAAUUAUAUAACCCACGUACACAUUCACGCAUGUACAUGCAAACGUGAUAAGAAAAAUUACACAUGUAAAUAGGCGCGCGUCUAUUCACCGUAGAACUACCGACUGUUGAAACGAACAACAGCUUUUGAG